AGAGAUGGUAAUAUUAUUGGAGAUAAUGCCACAAUUAAUUUUGCUUCUCGUUUUAGUGAACUAAAUUGCUUAGCUAAUGAAAUGGUCGAAGAGGGGCUAUCUUCUAAUGAUGCAUAUGAAUUAAUGCGUGAAAUGAUGAUGGAUGCUAUUAAUAAGGUGCAACGUUUGAAACUCGUCAAUGAUGAAGAAAUUGGACAAGAUGUGGAUGAGGAGUGUUCUCAAGAUAUAGUUCAUGAACCAAGUCAAGCAAGAACAAAAGGAAGGCCUAAAGGGAAGAGGUUAAAGCCAUCGAGAGAGAUCCGUAGAUGCCGGCCUAGGAAAUGCAAAUUGUGUGGAAAGCGAGGACAAAAUCAUGAUAGCAGAAAUUGCCCUCUAAAGUUGUCAAGUGAUUCAAUGGAACAAGAUAACAUUGAUGAAGCCACGGAUGAUUUAGAAGAUUCAUUUGAGGAAGAUGAAGUUCUCACUAUUGCGUGAAGUUUAAUCAAGGUUGGCAGAGCAAAUCAUAUCACUAUUGGUGAGAAGGGGUUGAUGAAGGCAGAGCACCAAUGGGUUU